CGAUAGACCCAUGAAUGAUGAUAAAAAAUUAGAAUAUGAUCAAUUCUUUUCCUUGAAUGGUUUUCAAUUUGCACGAGUUAUCGAUUUUAUGUAACUGUAAAUUCGAGUAAGAAAGGCGUGGGCCCACGUUACAAACAAAACCGAAAAAACCCAAAAUCAGUGAAUUUCGUUGACGGCUUCCCCUUUUCGCUUGUUAUUCACUGUAUCCCAAAAGGUCCGAUUCCCUCUUUUGUCACUUACAAACAAACUCCAUUCGGGUACCCGAUUUCACGACCGAAUAUAAUGUACGGAGGUUCCGGCAAGCUCGGCCGUGGCGGCGGUGGCGGAGGUCGUGGCGGCGGCGGCGGCGUUGGGAAGAGGAAUAUUCCGUCGCCGUUCCAACCACCGCCUAUCCACCGGUCAUCCCCUGCCUCCGCCGGUCGUUUUCCAGUUGGCGGUGCUGGUGCACCGCGCAACCGUGGUGUAUCCUCCUCCUCGGGUGCUCCAGAUGGAGGUGGAGCCGAGGAGACUUUUAGCCUCGUUACUGGAAAUCCUUUGAAUUUUGCUAUGAUAAUUAAGCUGGCGCCAGACCUGGUGGAGGAGAUCAAGCGAGUGGAAGCUGAAGGAGGUGCAGCCAGGAUCAAAUUUGAUGCCAAUGCAAAGAAUUCCCCUGGAAAUGUCAUUAAUGUUGGUAGCAAAAACUUCAAAUUCACGUGGUCGCGUGAACCAGGAGAUCUAUGUGAUAUUUAUGAAGAACGUCGAAGUGGUGAAGAUGGAAAUGGUUUGCUUGUUGAGUCAGGUGGUGCUUGGCGAAAAUUGAAUGUACAGCGUGUUCUGGAUGAAUCAGUUAAAAACCAAGUUAGAAUACGAUCAGAAGAAGCUGAGAAGAAGCGUCAUCAAAAACAAACCAUUGUUUUGGACCAUGGCAAUCCAUCUAUGAAGAGUCAGGCUAAGGCAAUGGCUGCAGCUGAAGCUAAUCCGUGGAGGAUGGGUUUCAAGGAAAAGAAAGAGCAGCCUUUCAAAAAACGGAAGCCAGAGCCACCUCCAGGGGUAUCUUACGGAGCGUCUUACAAAUCUGGCCCGUCCGCAGCAACUCAAUCAAAGGGAAAGCCUUCUGCUUCACCUUUAUCUUCUCCACCUGAACCAUCUGGUGCUCCAACAUCUCCAUUUGGCAAUGUCAAUCUCUUGAAUGUGAUACCUACUCAAGCAAUGACUAAGUCUACUAUCUCUGACAAAGAAAUUCCUAGCAAGGCGACAUCAUUUUCUUCACAGGCUAAAGUAAGGCGUAAAAGUCAUACAGGCGCAGCGUCUACUGAUCUGCGUAGCAUGUUGAUAUCCUUACUUAUGGAGAACCAGUCCAAGGGUAUUAGUCUUAAGGCGGUGGAGAAAGCUGUUGGAGACAUGUUCCCAAACUCAGCCAAGCAAAUUGAGCCCAUUAUGAAAAAGAUUGCUAUUUACCAAGCUCCAGGAAGAUACUUCUUGAAACCGGAAGUGGAUACUGAAAGCUUCCUGAAACCUGCCCCUGAAAGUGGAAGUUCUCCUGAAGAUCAUGGUCAGCCGUCAUCUGCCCCUGAUAAAUUUGACCAGCUACCUGCUCCGCAGCCAGUCUUACCUGCAAAAACUGAUAGCAGUGAGUUGGAAGAGGGGGCAGUGAGCGAUUCUAGACCUCAAGAAGCAUCUGAUGCCAAUGAAAAAAUUGAUAUACUCCAUCUUUCACCUGAUCGAAGUGAAGGGCCUGCUUAUAGCUCUAGCUCUAGUGGUAGUGGUAGUGAUAGUGAGAGCAGUGAUAGUGGAAGCGAUAGUGAAAGUCAGAGUAGAAGCCGAAGUAAAAGCGUGGCCAGUGGGAGUAGCAGUGACAGUGAAAGUGAUGCUUCUUCUAAUAGUAAGGAGGCAUCUGAUGAGGAUGUUGAUAUCAUGAGUGAUGAUGAUAAAGUCACAAAUCAGUUGCGAGCUUCUGAACAGCUUCAAUGUGGAACUUUGGACUUUGAGCCAGGUCAAUUUGAGGUGGGUGAGAGGGAAGAUCUUGAUGUUGUUGAUAUUGUGGAAAUUGAGGACUUGCCUGACAGUGGCCAAGUAGCUGAAAUGGCUGUUAUUCCCGACUCAGGUCAUAUGAGAGAUGGUGAAAAACCUGUGCAAGAGAUCCGACCUAUAUCAUCUGAUUCACAUGAGGAUAAACAAAGCCAGGCACACAGGGGCAAGCUUCCUCAUGAAGCAGAAAAUGUUAGUUACCAAAACCAUUCUAGUGAAAUUGAAAGAGUUGGCAAGGAUAGCUUCAACCUUGAGCUGUCUCAUAGCGUCCAAAAAUCUCAAAAGAGUAAAUCCAAAAGAGUGCGUGAUGAAAAACGAUUAGUUGAUAAAGGUGACAAGAAUAAGAGAGUAAAAACUCAGGACGCUAUUCAGCAACACAAUUCUGGGGGUAGGAACUCUACUUUUUUAGAGAGUUCACACUUAUCUCUUUAUAAGCCUUCAGAACGGCCUUAUAAGGGCGUUCAUAUGCAGAUGGAAGAUAGAACUUCCAGAGAUGUUGCUGGGGAUUUUGAUUCACAAAAAAGUCACAAUGAGGCCAUUUCUAGAAAGUUUGCUUCUGAUUUUUUGCAGCCAGACCGGAGAUAUGUUGAUUUCACUGCAAGGGGCAAAACUCUUACGGUUUCUGAGAGACCAAUUAAACAAGGAGAAAGCACAGGGAAUAAUGCUAAGCACACUGAAAGAAGCCUUCAAAUGAAUGAAGGGUUCCCCUCACAGAGAGACAAGGUUAGUAGAGAAUCACAAGAUGAAUACGGCGUUGUUAGUGAUAAAAGGGAAAGAAGAAUUUCAAAAGAUGGUGUAGGAGACCCGCAAAAGACAUCAGUUGAUCCAAACCUCAAUAAGUAUGAUAGCUCCUUGCCCGGAAAUUCACCGAAGGAUAAUAUGGGUAACACAGGGAAAUCUUCUCUCAUGAAUGGACGUGGGCGCAUGCUUCAAAGAGAGCUUUCAGACUUGGAGUUAGGAGAACUUCGGGAGCCUCCACCACAGGAAACAGCUGGUUUGAAAAAGCAGGUUGAGAGGAAAAGUUCAUUUAAAGGAGAGAAUAGACCAUCAAGUUCAGAUUAUUGGAAUUUUGAGUCAAGCAAAGGAAGAACUGCUGAUACAAAUGUAGCAGACUUUAGAAGAUCAUCUCCUCUCCAGUCAAGCUCUGUGCCUUCUGGCGCUCCAGAUGGCUUAUCUAAGAGGAGGACCCCUGAACGAAAUGCUGAAGACUUUUCAAGACCUCACCAAAAGGUUGCCCAACCUCAGCCUCAACAGCCCCGUCCUCGAAUUAAUCAGAACGAUGUGGGGUUCCAAUAUAAUCAACUGGUGGAAGUGCAUGGUAUUAGGCAAAUCGAAGAAGAAAGGAGCUUAGGGACUGGUCAGGAGGUCCAUGCAGACAAUCGCAGAAAAUCCUCUGCUGGUGCACGGGAACAACAUGACCUAAGACAUGGUGUACUUGCUCCAUCAGUUAAGCAGAACAAAGGGCAAAAGUCCAGUUUGGCAGCUGCGAUCAAUGAUAAGCAUAAGGAUUCUUCUUUGUUGGGAAGCUAUGAAGGUCACCAAAGGAUACGAGAGUCUUCUCCUGAUGAGAUGAGUUUGUACUAUAAGUAUGAAAAGGAGGAAGCGGAACUAAAGGGACCAAUAGAGAAUUUUGCCCAGUAUGAAGAGUAUGUGCAGGAGUAUCGGGAAAAGUAUGAUAAUUAUUGCUCGAUAAAUAAAAUAUUGGAGUCCUACAGGAAUGAUUUUAUGAAACUCGGCAAGGAGCUUGAGGUUUCGGGAAGAGACACACAAAGAUUCUAUGACAUGUUGGGACAGUUAAAAGAUUCUUAUCGCAAAUGUGGACCAAGACAUAAGAGAUUGAAGAAAAUAUUUAUUGUGCUUCAUGAGGAAUUGAAGCAUUUGAAGCAGAUGAUCAAAGAGUUUGCUGUUUCAUAUGCCAGAGAUCCGUAACCAGGAAAUUGACUUCUAACUCAUCUUGCGUCCGUUGGUGAACCAGAAUGCUCAGGGAUUGUCUUUUCUGUAAUAUGUGAGAUAUUCUGCUAGAGAAGCUCGCAGAAACUGCUCUAUCCCGUUUGUAAAUGAAAUUGAUGAUGGUGACCGAUAUAAGGCGUUAAGGUUAUAGUUGGAGUAACCCAUACAAUGUGAAGGUUACUACAUUAUGUGUAGUCACUGUUUACUGGAUGUAAAUAGACUUGUAGAGUGCCAAUUUUUUCUUUCCUUUUUCCAUUCUUUAUAGGGGCUUGUUUCCCAGUACAUUUUGUAAAUUUUUUGUGGAAGUGUUUCGGCUUCUGAUUGUAAAAUCGCUCCAAGGGCAAAUUUUCCGUAGUUUUGUCAUCAUAGUAGAUACUGUUAUAAGGGCAAAUUUUCCCUAGUUUUGUCUUCACGUUGGACACUCUUUGUGAUCCUUCACCAAA